AUGACGCACUCAUAUCAGUCCCAGACCCUGUCGGGUUUCCUCGAUUCAAUGCAGCAGGACGAAGCCUCGGCGUAUUCCUUGUUUGGCCCGACCUCAUAUCCUGAGAGCGUGGCAUUCUGGCACGAUCCUUCCGCCCCGGCGAUGGCUGUGGCCCCCUCGUACACAUCCAAGGAAGCAUCCCUGCUCAACCCACUCGACCAGAAGAAACACAAGCGCACUCGAAGCGGCUGCUUCACCUGUCGCGCACGCCGGAUCAAAUGCGACGAGACCCGUCCGCUCUGUGAAAGGUGUAGGAAAGGGUCGCGCGAGUGUGUCUAUCCCUCGUCAACAUCGUCAUCCAAGGGUAGCGUGCGGACUACAGCCAAGUCGCGCGCAGGUCGUCCACCAUCGCAAGGGAGCGACUCGUCUGGAAAGUACGAGGUCGAGGCUAUAAGCCCCCUAGACCCCAUCAUCGACGAAGAGGAACCCGACACUGCCAUAUCCGAAUCGCGACCGUCACCUCCCGCAACCACAAGGCCGGACUUACAUAAGAGCCAAAGCUCGCAAUCUCUCCGGAAGCGCAGUAUCAAGCACACGGACGCUGGUUCGUUCAUCAAAGAACAGAGUAGUUCGCCGUCGACUGAGUCGUCGCGCUUUGAAUCGAUGAGCACGCGCUCGGGUAGCAUCGGACAUUCCACAGCUGAAAUGAUCAGCAAUGCGCGCCUUCCAGACGAUCUGCGAUUCUAUUUAAAUUUCCACCAGGAAUUCCUGACUACGCCGCAUUUCUUCUUAAGGCAGAGUUGCUCCCGGUUCAUUCAGUACAGCCUUAUUGAGCUCGCGUUGCAGUAUGAGCCUCUUCUCUACGCUCUGUUGUAUACAUUCCUGAAAUAUUAUAAUAAAGCCUUGAUUCUCCUUCGGAAAUCACUGGGCUCGGGGGAAGAACACAGUGAGGCGACACUGUGCACUGUUCUUGUCCUGACGACCUUCGAGGAGUACAUCGGCGACUGGAUGAACUUGAUCGACCACCAUCGGGCGGCACAUGCAUUGAUGCUGGAAUUAUUGACACCGGAGUCCGCCAACGUGAAUGAGCUACAUACAAACAUCUUCUUAUGGUAUGCCCGCUUCGAUGUAGUGGUUGGAAUCCUGGCCGGCACCGAAACAGUCCUGAAUCGAGAUUGGUACCUUCUAAAGGAGCAGUACGACGCCGACCAAGCCGCCAUCUACCCCGACGAACCAUCAAAACAACUUGCCCUCGUGGCAUCUAUCAACAGACGCUUCGGUCUUGACAUGGCCUCGCUAUAUGCAAAAUUGUCCCGCGGCAUGGUCUCGAUGGAGCAGUUCGCGGCACAAAACGAACAACUGGGCCUGAUGAUAGAGCACGCAAAAGCGAUUCUACGGACAUUCGACGAUUAUGAAUAUAAAGUGCAGGAGUUCCCCCACCAGCUUCCCCUGACCGAAGAUGAUGUUACGGAUCCGUACGCUCCUGGAGGUCUGCACCGUGGCCCCUUGUGGGACUUCAAUUAUGCCUGGAUUGACAUCCUCUCUACCGAGACAAUGUAUCGAUACCAGGCCAUGCUGGUCUUGGGUCAAAAUCAACUGCCAGAUUUGCAGGAGUUGGCCGAAGAGCAGUGCCGUUUGAUUGAGACGAUGGAUCGCUGGCCACACAAGGAUAAUGGAUACUGUAUCAUGUUCAAGAACAGUAUUGGAAUCGCCAGCAUGUUCCUUCCAAAAGAGCGCAAGUAUCAGAUGUGGUCCCGGCGGAAGAUGGCGUUGAUGGAGCAAAAUGGAUACUUCAUCACACCUCGAUUCCGAACCGCUCUCGCUGCCAUCUGGCAAACACCAGAAAUCGAACAUUGGUGGCUUCCAAAUGAGGAAGGAUACACAGAUAUUAUCCGCGAGAUUCGUGCUUUGACUGCCGAACGUUUGAGCCAGCCCAGGGAUGAGCUCCGCGAGAACGUUCGUGACAUGAAGUACAUGUUUCGUGGGAUGAACUUGGAUGGCCGUGAAGAUGAAAGUCCUUCCAGUACGAAGAGUGGUCAUCCUUAA